AUGUGCCGACAGAAGAUAGCAGCCUUAAGAUCUAGGGCUCUUUGUGAUGAUCAAGCACCCUUCUUUUACCGUUUACCUGUGAAUACAAAGAGUCCAACAGAUGCUGCUAACAGUAAUAUGGAUCUGAACAGUAAUAUGGAUGUCUUCAGUAAUAUGGAUCUCAACAGUAAUACAGAUUUCAGCAGUAAUAUGGAUAUGAGGCGCGGGCGGCGGUCUACACGGCGCCCUCUCCCAAUCAGCGCAUUUGGGUAUAAUAAUAAUAAUAAUAAUAAUAAUAAUAAUAAUAAUAAUAAUAAUAAUAAUAAUAAUAAUAACUGGGGAGAAGAAGAACCAUCGCAGUUUUCACUCCGUCAACGUUGUGCAGCCGUCCAGAGAAAAAAGGAAGUCAAAAAUAAUAAUAAUAAUAAUAACAAUAAUAAUAACAGCAGCACGCCUGUUCACAUGCUGAGUAAGAAGACUGAAGACGAGAAUUCACUUUCCCUCCCGCAGAUCCAUACACCAAUCGCAGCCCAGCGAAUCAGCCACCGCAACCGUAAACAACAGCAAGAAGAACAGCCAAUACAAUUACAAUCAUUAAAGGGAAAAGAAAAGGAAGGAGAAAGAGGAGUCUCUACAUCCAGCAAGAAUGGUUUAUUACCAUCUGCUUCUGUCCCUGCUGUUUUCUACAGUGUUAUGAAUGCCCCUAAAUUUGCAGUUGUUUCUUUUGAUGGGAGUUCGUCUAUCUGCACAGCGGCGGUGAAUUCCUCCUCGCAGUCCCUCCCUCGUGUGAUGGAGGAGUGGAUUGGGAAAGACUGGACCUCAUUCCGCAGUAAUAAUACCAGUAAUAAUAAUAAUAAUAAUAAUAAUAAUAAUAAUAAUAACAGUAAUAAGUCUCUCAAGGGUGCGAAAUUACCCGUUCUUUGCCCACACUAG